AUGCAUUCUCUUCCAUCAUCCCUCCUUCACAUUGGACCGAGUGCCUUUGGCUACUGUUAUCGUUUGAAGCAUGCAGAUUUACCAGAUGGUCUACAAACCAUUGAGAGAAAUGCCUUUAUGGACUGUCUUGCCUUGGUCACCAUUCGCAUCCCAUGGAGUGUGACGACCAUUGCCGAACAAACGUUCAAUGGAUGCAUGCUAUUGAGGUCGUUGGAAUUGCCACCAACUUUGAACACCGUUGGAUUUGGUGCCUUUCGUGAUUGUUCCUCGUUGGUCAAUAUCUGCCUGCCGACAACUGUAGAGGAAUUGCCUCGCCACUCGUUUAGCUAUUGCACUCCACUGCUGACAAAAUUUUCGUCGUCGAGCAAUCCACUACUAUUGCAGGCCCUGCAGACUCGGUUUGAUGAGUUACCGCUUCACAAGCUCUGUUACUAUCAGUCUUAUUACUACUUCAAUGAAGAAGAAUCGUCAUCGAGGGAUGAUUUGCUGUCAGAGCUACAAGAGAUUCUGCGCAAGGAUGAUGAAGAUUCCUCAGGUGACGACACGAGCUGUCUGCUGAAAAAGGAUGCAUUGGGCAUGAAUCCGUUCCAUGUACUGGCAUUGUCGGCUCGUCCCAACAAAGAUCUUUUAAGUGUCCUUCUCAACCAUGCUCAGAGAAGAUUUACAUUUACUAGUAGUGGCAAUGCCGUGUCAGAAGAUGUGUUGGCAAAGACAGAUGACAGCGGCAAUGAUCUGCUGACAUAUGCAUGCCGGAACAUGUCGCCUGGGUCAGGUGAACAAAUUGCACGAUUUCUCAAGGUCGUCCAUGCCAAGUCCAUUGCCCAAUUGGGAUGUCAUAAGUGGAGGUCCAAGAUUCAUUCGGAAAUUGAUGGCCGCUUUGUUGGGGAUGAACUUUUGAGUGGUGGCGGCGAGGAAAACAAUUCGGAUACCACCUUUGCAAGCCGACAGCGCAGGACAAAACAAGUCGAUAUCGAGUUGGAUGCCUUUGCCUGGUGCAAGGCACUGGAGAACCAUGCAGAUUUACCAGAUGGUCUACAAACCAUUGAGAGAAAUGCCUUUAUGGACUGUCUUGCCUUGGUCACCAUUCGCAUCCCAUGGAGUGUGACGACCAUUGCCGAACAAACGUUCAAUGGAUGCAUGCUAUUGAGGUCGUUGGAAUUGCCACCAACUUUGAACACCGUUGGAUUUGGUGCCUUUCGUGAUUGUUCCUCGUUGGUCAAUAUCUGCCUGCCGACAACUGUAGAGGAAUUGCCUCGCCACUCGUUUAGCUAUUGCACUCCACUGCUGACAAAAUUUUCGUCGUCGAGCAAUCCACUACUAUUGCAGGCCCUGCAGACUCGGUUUGAUGAGUUACCGCUUCACAAGCUCUGUUACUAUCAGUCUUAUUACUACUUCAAUGAAGAAGAAUCGUCAUCGAGGGAUGAUUUGCUGUCAGAGCUACAAGAGAUUCUGCGCAAGGAUGAUGAAGAUUCCUCAGGUGACGACACGAGCUGUCUGCUGAAAAAGGAUGCAUUGGGCAUGAAUCCGUUCCAUGUACUGGCAUUGUCGGCUCGUCCCAACAAAGAUCUUUUAAGUGUCCUUCUCAACCAUGCUCAGAGAAGAUUUACAUUUACUAGUAGUGGCAAUGCCGUGUCAGAAGAUGUGUUGGCAAAGACAGAUGACAGCGGCAAUGAUCUGCUGACAUAUGCAUGCCGGAACAUGUCGCCUGGGUCAGGUGAACAAAUUGCACGAUUUCUCAAGGUCGUCCAUGCCAAGUCCAUUGCCCAAUUGGGAUGUCAUAAGUGGAGGUCCAAGAUUCAUUCGGAAAUUGAUGGCCGCUUUGUUGGGGAUGAACUUUUGAGUGGUGGCGGCGAGGAAAACAAUUCGGAUACCACCUUUGCAAGCCGACAGCGCAGGACAAAACAAGUCGAUAAAAUCAUACACAGAUACAUCAUGAAGGAACGUGUAGCAUUGCUUGAGCUUGCAAUUUGGGAUCAAAGCCUAUCACGAUGUGUUUUUGAAAAGACAAUAACUAAUCCACGAGGCAGAGAAGAUUGCCGAACGGCCAGUCGUUCCAAUGUCAUUGUUUCGAGAGUGGUCGACUUUCUGUAUCCUUCAUUAGAAUAG